AAAAAAUAAAAGAAGAAGAAGAGAGGAAAGAAAAAAAAAGCAAAAAGCCUUGAAUAAUAUAAAAGAAAUUAAAUGGCAACACGUAGAAAUGCAAAGCAAUCCAACGUUGAGUCGAUGGAAAAAAUUGCGGAAACCGACAAAGUAUCACCUCCGAAACGCACGAAACUCGGCAAAUCAGCAAUCGACAAAUUGAAGGAUAUGAAAUCUACGAAAUCUACUAAAUCUACUAAAUCUACUAAAUCUACUAAAUCUGCCAAAAACCUUUCUUCAGAAAAUAAUAAUGAAGAAAUAGAAACUAAAUCAGAACCUGUUAAAAAAUCAAGGACGAGAAAUAAGACAGAUACUAGUGUAAAGAAUAGGAAUAAAGAAGUUGAACCGAUUGAAGAACAAACGACGAAAUUAAAACGCGUCACUAAGAAAUCUAAACCUCUAACUGAGGAUAAUUCAUCUACUGAAGAUCAGAAUGGAUUAGUCGAUGAAGCCGAUGAUGAGACAUCUAAAAAAAUACCAACGAAAAGGACACGUGCUAAAAAGGUCCCAGAAAAGGCGGGAAAUAUUAAGGACGUUAACGCCGUUGAAGAUGCCAAAGAAAAACCAAACACAAGAUCCAAAAGAAUUGAAGCACUUAAAGAAGCAAAUAGUAUUCCAGCGGAUACUAAAGAAAAGAAAAAGAAUACUUCUGAAAAAUUACCUAAAUCACCUAAGGUACCUAGGAAGGAAACUAAAACAAAUGUAAAACCAGUAAAGAAAGUUGUAGAAAAAAAUGAAGCUAUAGUUGAAGAAAAGAAAAAAGCUACUAAAGCUAAAACAACAAAAAGUAAUACUAAAGUAAUGAAUGAUGAUAAAAAAGCCAAAGCACGGACAACUAAGAAGAUGCAGGAACAAGCAGAUGUUUCAGAUGAAGCUGAAAAUAAUGUAGAAGAAACCAACAUUCCUAAACCAGUUAAAGGAAGAUCAAAAAGAACUAAUAAAGAUAAUGCAAAAGAUCAUUCAAAGAAAGUAAACAAUAAGGAAGUUGCUGCUAUAAAUGAAGAGGAAAAUAAAUUACAAGAUGAUCAAUUAAUAAUGGAAAAAGUAGAAGAAGAAGAAGAAGAUGAUGAAAAAAUGGAGGUUGAACCUAAUGAAAUAUCAAAAAAUAAUAAUCUUCAGAAAAAAGUCACUAAUAAUAGUAACAUAUCUCUGAAUUUAGAAGACUCUGAUUCAACACCAGAUGAAAAAGAAGUCUCGAUGUUCACGUGCGGAAAGGAAGAAGAAGAAGACUAAUUGUCACAGUGAAGAAGGAACUAAAACAGUACCUUAUAUUCUUAAAAAGAAGUUAUAUUUUUUUAAAAUUAUAAACGAUAAGAAAA